AAUGACCAAUUAUUGGACGAGAAUCAGGGAAGUUUAUAGAAUGAUUUCAAAGUGGAGAUAAUGUGCGUAAGUGCGCCAUUAGACCUUACGGCACAUAUCCUCAGUCUUUGUCUCUCAUGUAAAAGAUUACAUUGGGAUUUCAAAUGAAUCUCCGCUGGUCUAGCCUAGUCUCAUCGUUGAUGCACUGCCACUUGGUAAUGACUUCCAUCGAUCUCAGAAAAUCAAGGAUAUGAAAGAUACAGCUCCUGGAAAGUCCAACUAGUCGAUGAUGUAGCAGAGCAGCGUGCGGGGCAAGAGCUACCAGCUUAGAGCCCCUCGAGACUAUAAGUGGUGGGCAUCACUCCCAAUUCGUUUCAAUCUUCAUCAAAAUACACAACAAAUAACAAUCAACACUUCUUCUUUUUUAAUCAAACAACUAUACCCACCAUUAGCCCCAAUUCUUUCAUAAACAACACAUUCAAUCAAAAUGGAACGUGCCAAGGCAGCUGUCGGUGAUUUCCUCUCCAGGGAUGGGAAGCAUGACACUACAGUUCAUGAGGUAUGAGUGCUUACCUUUUUAAUCCACAUCCUAGGAAAAUCCUAAUGAUGUUGCAGACUGUCAACCCAGCCGUUCAAAACGAGAAAGUAAUCAAGACACAACAUGAGGAAGCAACCACCGCAGUUGACCGUGAGGUUCAUCAAGAUCAUCACCAUACUUCUGUUCAACCCAUCAAAGAUCAUGAAGUCCUUCCGGAACAACAUUCCCACAAACUUGGAGAAGUUGAGCACCGUAACAUCCAGCACGGAAGCGAUGCUCAGCUCAAGGAUCGUCUGGCCGCUGAACAAGCUCAAUUCAAGAACACCAGAACUGUAGGAGAGACUCAACAUACUGCCUCGCUAGGUGCCACCGUUGCUGGUGAGCAUGUUCAUCACCACGUCCACGAGACCAUCCAGCCAGUCAUCCAAAAGGAGACUGUUCAACCAUCCGUCGUUCACACCACGAUUCCAGUUCACGAAGUUCACCAAAAUGAGCCUAAGCACCACACUGCUACCUCUCUCCCAGCUGUCAGUAUGGACGAGUUCAGACGCCAUGGAGGCUCGCUUGGAGGGCGUGAGGAGCGCUCUGAUGCUUUCAAAGGCGAGCCAAAAUCUGUUGGGGGUACUCUUGGAGGCGCUGGCGCUAAUGGCACUACUUCUUUGACUGAAAACAGUGCUCAUGGGCAUCACACUGGCUCCCAUACUGGCUCCCAUACUGGCUCCCACACUGGCUCCCACACCGGUGCUGCUGGUGCUGGUAUCGGCUCAACCACCGCCGGCAAUGUCCACCACACCACCUCCAAUACCUCUACCGAGUCUCAUAAGAAGCCUAGCUUGAUGGAUAAAAUUAAUCCAAAGGUUGAUGCCGACGGUGACGGAAAGGCUGGCUUCAUGAAAUAGAUGCUUUUUGUAACUGUCCCUAAUAUCCUCCAAGUAUUCAACUGUUUUAGCUAUCUCCACACUGUACAUAUAUCCGAUGGCCACGAGAUAAUUAAUUAAGCAAGCAUGAAUUUCCAUGUUCUUUCAGAGUAUUGCAAUAUGUGUCCUGAGUUUCAAAUUUUUUCCACAUAUUGUGCACAUACUGUGUCAUGUUUGAAUACCUCGUCUUGGUCAACUGGUUGAAAAUCAAUUGUGUUGUAUACACAAUUGCUUCAAUUUUCCCACCGUGAAAAUUUCCGAUAGAACACUUGCUUGGUAGAAACCGAUCAUGAUCUCGGGUGGUCCUCGGCAUUUCUCGAUUAUGUAAGCUUCUUUAACUUAGAAGUUAUCGUAGCUGGACGAAAGUCCUCCCAAAAAAAUAUCGAACAUCAAGUU